AUGGCUAGUAAACUCAACCCUAAUACUCUUUCCUUAUUUUCCUAUUCACUGAACCAAGUUUUUAUAUGUCCAGAUUUUGAGAUUCUAGCAUUUCCAUGCAAUCAGUUCUUGAGACAAGAACCUUGGGAUGAUCAGAAAAUACAGGAGUAUGCUUGUACAAUGUUCAAAGCUGAUUAUCCAAUUUUUCAUAAGGUUAAAGUGAACGGCCCAGCGACAGCACCACUUUACCAGUUUCUCAAGGCAAGCAAGCCUGGUUUUUGCGGAAGCAGAAUCAAGUGGAAUUUCACUAAGUUUCUGGUCGAUAAGGAUGGCAAGGUCCUUGCUCGCUAUGGGACUACCACAGCCCCCCUGUCCAUUGAGAAAGAAAUUGAAAAAGCACUCGGCAACUAAAAGGACAAGUAAAAAUUUUACUUGAGAAGCAAGAAAAGUUUAAAGUCCGAGACUUUAAAGAGUGGUCCUGUACUAGUUUCAUGUAGAUAUCAUGUGUGCGAUUUAAGAUUCCCAAUCUGCGAAACCGAAUUUUAACUUUGUUGCAUAACUUUUUGUAUUUUUAAUGGUCUUUUUUUUAUUUGUGUGUAUUCUAUGUAAAUAUUUCAUAUAAUGUUUCUAGACCAUGUUUUACCAUUUUCUAAGCACACAUAUCUGUGAACGAGAUGUUUAUUGUUACGAUUCA